UUGGCCACCCAAAGUAAUGGGAUUACAGGCGUGAGCCACCGCACCCCAAGCCACACUGUAUAUAUUAAUAAGUAAUUUAUGCAUCAUCUUGGAAAGUGAUAAAGUGCAACAGAGGAAAAGAAGGAGUCAUGUAAAGCAAGGGCAGUGCUUGACACAUUAAGCCAAACAGAAGCUGCCCUGUGGGUCAAGAAGAGCCCUUUGGCUGGCACCACCAAAACAUGUGUUCUCCAAAGGAGUCUGACAUCCGGAGCCACUUCACAACUUGUUUGAGGACUCGAUCUGACCUGUAGGAAGAUACUGGGGCAGCGGUGGAAGACUGUUAAAGAAACCUGGGCGAAAAGAUGCAGGAGGCUGUGCUGUUGGAUGAGAGUUCAGGACCACCAAGCCAGCUGCUCUGGACCUCCCAGGAUACCCAGCUCCCUCAGAAAAGAGCUCUAUCACCUGCUCAAUAUCCUGCGUUCACUAAAGAUGGAAGCCAAGGAAACCUGCCACAAGCAGAUAUCACACUGAUGAACCAGGCCCAAGAGUCAGUGACAUUUGAGGAUGUAGCUGUGACCUUCACUGACGGGGAGUGGCAGUGUCUGACCUACGCUCAAAGGCAUCUCUAUAAGGAUGUGAUGUUGGAAAAUUAUGGGAACUUGGUAUCACUUGGACUUCCAUUUCCUAAACCUCCUUUAAUCUCUCAUCUGGAGCGUGGAGUGGAGCUCUGUGUGCAGGAUCCACAGGGCAGGGAGCCCCUCAGCUGCUCCUGCCUGGUGUCAACUGACAAGACAUGGCCUGAGAAUGAGAAGGCAAGUUCACAACAAGAGAUUUUUGAAAAUGGAGAAGUCUGCUGGGUGAAAUUUAACAGUCUCCUAAAAGUUGAUUCCCAGGAUCCUGAGGUUAGAGAAGCUUGUGUACAAAAUGCCAAAUUAGAGAAUCCCUGGGAAACACCUAAACGGGAGAAACUGAGGGAAGAGAAAGAAGGCUCAGAGGAAGGGAACUCCAAAAAACAAAAGAACCAGAAGGUACUUAGAAAAAGCUUGAAUCUAAACUCAAUGCAUAGUCCAUGUAACAGAGUUCUUACAGCACAGAAACUCCAUAAAUAUGCCAGUUGUGGCAAAAACUUCAGUUGGCACUCAGAUCUCAUUCUCCAUGAGCAAAUUCAUUCUGGCGAGAAACCCCAUGUGUGUAAUGAAUGUGGGAAAGCAUUCAAGACCAGAAGUCAGCUUUCUAUGCACCAGAUAAUCCACACGGGGGAGAAGCCUUUUAACUGCACCCAGUGUAGGAAGGCUUUCAGCAGUAGAUCAGCUCUUUGCCGACAUAAAACAACCCACAGUGGGGAGAAGCCUCACGAGUGCAGGGACUGUGGGAAGGCCUUCAAGACCAGGAACCAUCUCUGUAUGCAUCAGCUCAUCCACACUGGGGAGAAGCCUUACGAAUGUAACUGCUGUGGGAAGGCCUUCCAGUUUAAGUAUUCCCUUACCAUCCACGGCAGAAUCCAUACUGGGGAGAAGCCAUAUGAAUGUGACAAGUGUGGGAAGGCCUUCAGCGGGAGUUCAGACCUCACCAAACACUUAAGAAUCCACACUGGGGAACGACCUUAUGAAUGCAGCAAGUGUGGAAGGGCCUUCAGUCGGAGCUCAGACCUAAGCAAACAUAAACGAAUCCAUACGCGGAAGAAACAUUAUGGGUGCCCCCAGUGUGGAAAAGACUUCAGCAUCAAGGCAGAACUUACCAAACACAGGAGGAUCCACGCUGAAGAGAAGCGUUACAGGUGUGAGGAGUGUGGGAAAGCCUUUCGUCAUAACUGUAAGCGCAGGGCUCACAAACAAGGGCACACUGGGGAGAAACCCUAUCAAUGUGGGGAUUGUGGGAAAACCUUCCAAGAUCGACACUACCUCACCAUCCAUCAGAGAAUCCACACUGGAGAGAAACCUUACAAAUGUGUAGUGUGUGGCAAAGCUUUCAGUGGGAAGUCAAACUUGACCAAUCAUCAAAGAAUUCACACUGGAGAGAAGCCUCACAAAUGUGAGGUGUGUGGAAUGGCCUUCCAUCAUAGUUCAGUCCUGAGGCAGCACAAAAGAAUCCACACUGGUGAGAAGCCAUACGCCUGCAGUGAGUGUGGCACGUCCUUCCGUCAGGGCUCAGCUCUGAUUGGACAUAAGCGAGUUCAUACUGGGGAGAAACCUUAUGAAUGUGAGGAGUGUGGAAAAGCUUUUAGAGUGAGCUCAAAUCUUACUGGACAUAAGAAAAGAAAACAUCAAGUGUGGAGGGCCCAUGAACUUGAUGAGAGUAGGAAAUCCCUCUCUCCAGUAACUGUUUCUCAGACCUCAGUAGUCAGGAUUUUGACCACUGCCUGAAUAUAAUGCUGCUGGUGUUCUUUCUGUUUCUCCUACCUAGAGGCUGAUCCUUCUGUCUCCUAUAUUAGUUAUUCCUGAUUUCCUGAUCCUUAAUUGUGAGAUUCUCCAAAGACACUGUCCUUUACCUUCCUUUUCAGUAUUUAUUUUUUCAGUGAGCACAUUUACUUCUAAGAGUUUGUCAGUCACUUCAUAGUAAUAAUAAACACUUAUUAGUGCUU